AUGGCAAGACUGGUUGUGCGGACACAGACACCGAUAGUCGUGUUUGCCGUUUGGGACACAAAUGUGUUCACAAUUACUCAAUUCAUUAUCAAUCCAUACAAUGGUUUGUGUCGUGAAGUCUAUUGCCAGACAUUUCGGUUGUCGUAUGUCUUCGUAGACCAGUAUCUGUGGAUCAGAUCCGUCUUCAUUGCAUUUCCUGAUAACUGCAAAACCGUUAUAAAAGUGAUAUUCAGACCAAACAAUAAACCCGUCAAAAGGGUUGACCACAAUCUGUCCAAACCUCCAGUAGUCAUGCCUUAUAAUGGGUUUAUUGGUUACGGCAUAACUCACGCCCGGAUUAUUGACAUGAAUUACAUUAACGUUUGUGUCGUUGAAAUAAAACACCAGAUUAUGGAUCCAAUCGAUGGCCAGAUAGCUGUGGGCGCUUUCCGGGCGACGAUCACAUCCCGGCCCUCGACAUCCAUUUCCUCGUAUAUUAAUGCCGGUUCAGUGGCACCGUUACACUCAAUCGGGAAUUUCUCAACAAAACGUCAUUUACUUCGACACAAAAGUUGUGUUCAUUUGAAUGAAAGAAAAUACAAAUGUAAUGAUGAAAAUUGUGGCAAAAUAUUUGCCAUAAAACAAACCCUAAUUUUCCACAAACGCUGGCAUUCGGGAGACAAUCCAUACGUUUGUAAUGAACAAAAUUGUGGCAAAAAAUUCACUUCAAAAGGAAGUCUAAUUUCACACAAAUAUAUGCAUUCGGGAGAAAAACCAUUUGUUUGUGAUUUCAAUGAAUGCCACAAACGUUUUGUUCGUAAAUCAGAUCUUAUUUCGCAUAAAUUCAUUCAUUCGGACGAAAAACCAUUUGCUUGUGAUUUCAAUGAUUGUAAUAAACUGUGCCUUAAGAAAGCAUAA